UGACUAUCCAAAUGUAGUGUUUUUUACUUUGGACUGGAAAAGAGGGAAGAAAAUGGAUAUAGUUUAAUGAUUGGUGUGUUUGAUUGUGUGUAUCGUGUAUAUUAUAACUACGAAUAAAGUUAUCGAAGAGCUGACGUGAUGCACCAGUGAUGGAUAAAAUCUGCAGUUUAGCAGCAUAAAAGUGAUUCUGCUGUGUUGAGAGUGUUAUCCAUAAUGGCAGACGAAGGAGGCGUUAUUCUAACCUCUCCAGCGUCUGGAGUUCAUGGGCGCCACAGUCGAAGAAUAAAAUUAAGUGAUCAGCAGUUGGAAUCAAUAACACGGGAAGAACUCGUAAGAAAUUGGAGAGAACUGGACUCGUACGUCGAUGUACUUGAAUCUCAAGUAGCAAACCAGGAAGGUAGAUGCAUAGUCUGAAACUGAUUUUUUUUUUUUUACUUGAAGUUUGUCGGGAAUUAGCUUUUGUCGUGAUUUGAGUGAACUGACGUUAUUAAUCAUGUGGCAGAUGACUGCCUUAUUCACCCUUUGUGUUACUGCUAAAUAUUUUGAAUGUAAGAGUUGGCAUUUAUUGUGAAGGUAAUUGCUUUAAAAGAAAAGUUCGCCAUCCUGUGCAGGAUGUAAAGUCUCCUUCACAAUUUCAGCUGUCAGUGUAAAUUUAUAUUUCUUUGUACCUGUAUGUAUUGGAUUUCAGUUGGACUGCUUAUGACAGUGAUCAAUGUAGAAAUAUAUUGAUUGUAAUGGGUUCACAGUGGUGUGUUCACUUAAUUAGUCUUAUAUGAUGAACUUUCGUGGUCACUGAUCCAUUGAAGAUUAAUGUGGAACUCAGAAUUUCGGAAACAAAACAAAACAAGGAGCAGUUUGACAGCUGAACUGUCAUCCACUGUAUGUGUAUCUUGAGUGACAUUUUCCUACCACAUUAGUUUGACAUAUUCAGCUAAAGAAACUGUGUUUUUCCUGCUUGUCUUAAAGUUGCAUAGACAAUUAUGUUUCUGAUACAGUAACAGCUGUUUAGAAACAAGCAGGAUGAUAGCAGUACUGGUACCAAAUUAGUUUUAGGCUCAGAUAUAUGAGAACUGGGAUAUUUUGAAAAUAAUAAAAUUACAGUAUUAACUUACGUGGAGGGUACAGAUUCGUACAUUGUCAUCCAUCAUGAACUAGUACAUGUAAGUUAUUCUAAAUUAUUAGAAAGGUUUCCAUCUAUUCUGCUUUCGUGUUAAAUAAAUGUUAUGCUCAUUGUUGAAAAUGACACAGUUAUUUGCCUAAGGAAUAUUGGCCUAGUAGUUAAAACCAGUGACAUGUUCCUUUGAUAUUAAUUGAUCAUGACAAAUACAUAAAUUCGAAGUAUACCCAUCACCAAGAGAUGUUUUAAACUGUAAUGCUAGUGGAAUAAUAUGUUGACAGCCAUUACUGUAAUUAAUUUCACAUCCUAAUUUUAAAAAGAGUGGUGAUAGCAGUUCCUAUAACUUGUAAAUUACUUUACAUUAGUUUCUUUUCAUGGCUCCCAUGGAGAGUGAUCUCAGGGAUAUGGAAAAAUUCAUGCAAGCAGGUGUAAUUUUUUAGCUUAAUUUACUAUAACACACUGAACUAGUUCAGUGAGAAACUCCUUUGUUUAGGUGAAUUUUGUAACUGGUUAAAAUCAAUUUAAGAUUCGUGUCACGGCCCCAAAUUGAACUUUGGUUUCCUGAAAUUUGUGAACAGUUGUUGACCAUUAGACUGUCCAAGCAUGCCUCCUGGCAUACCCCAAAUUAAGUAUCACUCAGUGUUCCACUAUGUGUCGAACACUUGUCUGUAGAUGUUCCCUCAUCACAAGAUGAACACUACUGGAAAAGAACAAGUACAGAGGACCUUGGCUGAUUUACAAAAUCCUGUGUGUAACUGAGAGUAGUGGGGGUUGCACCAUUUCUCUGCUGUGAUUGCUCUUAUAUUUAGUUUGCAGAUUGUAUCAUAGGUAGCACUUUACAGUGAACAUCCUUAAAGUACUGUACCAUAAGAAACGAACCUUUCAAAUCUGUUGAUCAUCACUCUCACAUUUCCAUUUUACUUAAAACUGAUUGAAAACAGAAAGUGUAGUUUAUUGUAUUCAUUAUUGUACAGUUUUGUAAGACAUGUUAUUGUAAUGCAAAACUUUAGUGUUCUUAAUUGUAACUGAAUUUGUCGUAUGGUUCCCUUUUCAUUGAGGCACUAUCAAAAAACAAUAAUUUGAGAGAGUAUGUACAGGGAUGACAGAGUUACAGUUGCAAGAUGCUUGUGGGCUUCAUGAAUUUGUCCUAAGGUAAAAGCUGCAGUUUUAAAUCAAAGGCAGAUCUCUUCUUGGUAGAGCAAGAUGCAUUGCAUUGUACCCUAGGGUAGACAUGUAAUUUUGUGUACAGACCUUCUAAAAUCCUUCAGUUGCAAUUCACUUACUUUCAAGAUUUUGGGUCUGACUCCAUUUAAUAUUGUUUGAUGUAGCUGCUAAUAGUAAACAAUAUGUUUAUGGAUCAACUGAGGCUACUGAUACCAGAUGUCAUCUUUAUCCCAUGACACUGUUGUUGUGGGCAUGUGAAGUCAUAUGUGUGCAGACAGAAGGAGAACAGAAAACUGACAAUAUUGUUUUGAGUCUAUUGUUUUUUUUUUUUUUUUUUUUUUUUUUUUAGAAUGUAAGUUGUAAAAGACUCAUCUGUAGCCUGAAGUAUAGGUUACAUUCAAAGAUGACAAAUAGGUUGUGAGUUUGUGGACAGGAUCUUAUUUUGCAGUGUUACCACCCAAGGUCUAAGUUCGAUUGAAAGGUGACAGUUUGGAUGAGAAUUUUCGAACAUUGCCAGAGGCUUCAUAUAAUCCUGUUUGUACAUAUGUGAAUUGUGUCAUCUUGAUCCACAAAUGGUAAGACUUUUUAGCCGAGGAGAAAUGUCUCUAAGCCUGGGGCAGUGAUUGCAAACACAAUUGGAGAUGAAGAGAAAUAUUUGGUACAAGUUGACUCUGACCAGUGAAGUAAUUUUAAUAGCUUCUGUAGCCCAAGGUGUAGGUUAGGUUGGAAGGUGGCAGUUUGGUUGUGAGUUGGAAAAACCAUCAGUUCCAGAAAGCAUUUGACCCAGUGCACCAUUACAGCCUGUUAACAAAGGUACGAGCAUACGGAAUGAGUUUGCAGAUUCGUGACUGGUUUCUUAAGUAAUUGAACCCAGUAUGUUGUCCUUGAGGCCAGUGUUCAUCAGAGACAAGGGUCUCUUCAGGAGUGCCCCAGUGGAGUGUGAUAGGAUCACUGUUCUCAAUAUACAUAAAUGAUUUGCAAGCAGAGUGGGCAGCGAUCUGCAGUUGUUUGCUGCUGAUGCUGUGGUGUAUGAUAAGGUUUUGAAGUUGAGUUACUGUAGGAACAUACAAGACAACUUAGACAACAUUUCUAGUUGGUGUGAUGAAUGGCAACUAGCCCUAAAUGUGGAAAAAAAUCUACGUCAAUGUAGAUGAGUAGGAAGGACAAACCUAUAAUGUUCAGAUACAGUAUUACUAGUACCAUGCUUGACACAGACAAGUUGUUAAAGUAUCUGAUUGUAAAGUUUCAAAGUGAUUUGAAAUGUAACGAGCGUAUGAGAACAGUGGUAGGGAAGGCGAAUGGUUGAUUUCAGGUUAUUGGGAGAAUUUGAGACAAGAGUGGGUCAACCAUAAAGGAGACUGCAUAUAGGUUUCUGGUGUGACCUAUUCUUGAGUACUGCUUGAGUGUUUGGGAUCUGUACCAGGUCCAAUUGAAAGAAGACAUCAAAGCAAUUCAGAGCGGGCUGCUAGAUUUGUUAUUGGUAGCUUCAAACAACACGUAAGCGUUAUGGAUAUGCUUCAGAAACCCAAAUGGGGAUCUAUCAAGAGAGGGUGACAUUCUUUUCGAAAAACACUACUGAAAAAAAUAAGAAAACUGGCAUUUGAAGCUGACUGCCAGAUGAUUCUACUGCUGCCAACAUACAAUGCACAUAAGGACCACAAAGGUGAUACAAGAAAUUGGGCUCAUAUAGAGGCAUGUAGACCUCAUUUUUCCCUUGCUCUAUUUGCAAGUGGAACAGGAAAGGAAAUGACUAGAAAUUGUAUAGGGUACCCUCCACCACACGCCGUGUGGUGGCUUUCAGAGUAUCGGUAGAUGCAGAUGAUGUAGAUGUCAAUGUAAAUUUAACCUUGCUUCAUUUUUAGGAAGAAUUGGGUUAGGUUUCCUGUCUGUCUGCUAGGAUAAGUUAUGCUUAAGAGCCAAAGAAACUGACAUGCCUGCCUGAUAUCGUGUCCGGUCUCUGCGAGCACACAGAAGUGUCACAACACAACGUAGCAUGGACUUGACUAAUGUCAGAAGUAGUGCUGGGGAGAACUGACACCAUGAAUCCUGCAGGGCUGUCCAUAAAUCCAUAAGAAUACAAGGGGGCAGAGAUCUCUUCUGAACAGCAUGUUGCCAGGCAUCCCAGUUAUGAUCAGUAAUGUUCAUGUCUGGGGAGUUUGGUGGCCAGCAGAAGUGUUUAAACUCACUAGUGUUCAUGGAGCCACACUUAGCAAUUCUUGAAGUGUGGAAUUGCUGGAUUUGCUCAAGUCCAUCGGAAUGCACAAAGGACAUGAAUGCAUGCAAGUGACCAGAUAGGGUGGUUAUGUGCAUGUCUCCUGUCAAAGGUCAUAUCUAAACAUACCAGGAGUCCCGUAUCACUCCAACUGCACACAACCCCACCAUUACAGAGCCUCCGUCGGUUUGAACAGUCCCCUGCGGAUAUGCAGGGUCCAUGGAUUCAUGAGGUGGUUUCCAUAUGCGUACACAUCUAUCCACUCGAUACAAUUUGAAAUGAGAUUCAUCUGACCAAGGCAACAUGUUUCCAGUCAUCAAUAGUCCAAUGUCGGUGUUGGCGGGCCCACGCAAGAGAUAAAGCUUUGUGUUGUGCAGUCAUCAAGGGUACAUGAGUGGGCCUUCGGCUCCAAAAGCCCAUAUGAAUGAUGUUUCGUUGAAUGGUUGGUGGCCCAGGAUUGAAAUCUGUAGCAAUUUGGGGAAGGGUUGCACGUCUGUCAAGCUGAGCAAUUCUCUUCAGUUUUCGUUGGUCCCAUUCUUGCAGAAUCUUUUUCCAGCCGCAGUGAUGGAGAUUUGAUGUUUUACUGGAUUCCUGAUAUUCACAGUACAAGCGUGAAAUGGUCAUAUGGGAAGAUGCCCGCUUCAUCGCUUUCUCAGUAAUUUGCUGUAUCCAAUUGCUCGUGUGGCAACUACAACACCAUGUUGAAACUCACUUAAAUCUUGGUAACCUGGCAUUGUAGCAGCAGUAACCAAUCUAACUACUGCACCUGACACUUGCUGUCUUAUAUAGGUGUUGCCAGUUGCAGCAUCAUAUUCUGCCAUUUUACAUAUCUUGGUAUUUGAAUACGCAUGUCUAUACCAGUUUCUUUGGCACUACACUGUUGAUAUUCAGCUUGCCUAACCAACUUCAGGCCAAUGUAAAGAUGCUUCCUACAGCUGUUUUGAUUGAUUUCUCCUUAGGCCAGAACAAACACUUCAGCUACUUGACUUUUUCCUUCAUGGUGGAGAAUUAGUGUCUAAGGCAGUGGAACUGAUUUGUCCUGCUUUUCCAUUGUCAUAGAGGUGUACAUGUUAGAAGACAACUAUGUGAUGUCUUCUGUACAGAGAGAGACUGAGAAUACUCUGCAGGAUCACUAAUCUUUUUCUCGUAUCACAAGGUACAGCUGUUGCCUACCCUGAUAACUGGCAGUGCUGCCGUGUGCUAUACACUGUGCAAACUAUUUCUUCUUGUGAUUACUCCUAGUAGAAUUUAUAUGUUCCAGAAACUGUCACUGUCGCCUCUUUAGCUAAUACUGCCAUGUUUGCCUUAUGUCAUCAUAAUGAACAUACUUAGCCCCUCACCACACCUACCCUACUACAAGAUACAAUAAUAAAUGCCCCCCCCCCCCCCCCCCCACACACACACACACUGAAGUGCCUGCUGUUGCCAAACACUACAGAAUGACGCCAUUGGGUGGAGCAUCAGCUGAUGGCAGAUAAUGUUGUUGUUGGUGAGAAAGCUGAAUUGCCAGGAAAUUGCACUUAGGUAAUGAAAGACCUGCAGAAGAUCAAAGCUUGGCAGAGGGACAGAAAGUUGGCUCUCAACAUGAAUACACUGAUCAGGCAGAACAUUGUGACCAUCUACCAAAUAGCCAGUAUGUCCACCUUUGGCAUUUACAACAGUGGUAACACAUCAUGGUAUGGAAGCAAUGAGACCUUGGUAGGUCACUGGAGGGAUUUGGCACAAUGCCUGCAUACACAAGUUGCCUAGUUCUCAUAAAUUCGGGGGGGGGGGGGGGGGGAGGGGCAAUGAGCUCAGACGCCACAUUUAAUCACAUCCCAGAUGUGUUCAAUCACUUUCAGAUCUGGAAAUUUAUGGGCCCAGCACAUCAAUUGGAACUCGCCACUGUUUUUCUCCAACCAUUCCAUCACACUCUUGGCCUUGUAACAUUGUGCAUUAUGUUGUUGAAAAUUGCCACUGCUUUCAGGAAACACUAUUGCAUGAAGUGUUGUACAUUGUCUGCAGCCAGUGUGCAAUACUCUUCAGCUUUCAUGUUACCCCACACAAACUCCACUGAACCCACACAUGAUGUUCUCCAGAGCAUAAUGGAGUUGUCACUGGCUUGUCUUCAUCCCUCAGUACAGGUGUCGAGGAGCUGUUCCUCUGGAAGACAAUGGAUUCGAGCCCUCCCAUUAGCAUGAUGAAGAAGGUAUCGGGAUUAAUCAGGUCCUGCAGCACUUUGCCACUGUGCCAACAUCCAGUGGCGAUGGUCAUGUGGCCAUUUCAGCAUAGUUGUCAAUAUGUAUGAACAUUGGCACAAGCGUGGGUCGUCAGCUAUGGAGUCCCAUCAUUAGGAGUGUUUGGUGCACUGUGUGUUCACACACACUUGUACUCGCCCAACAUUAUAGUCUGAUGUUAGUUCCACCACAGUUCACUGCCUGUCCUGUUUUACCAUUCUGCCCAGCCUGAUGUGCGACAGUUGUCAUGAGGGGAGGCUGCCCAACACCAUGAUGUCUAGACGCGCUUUUGCCUUGGUUUUGUCAUGUGUUAGACAUUAACCACAGCACUCCUCGAACAUCCAACUAAUCCUGCAGUUCCUGAAAUGCUUGUGCCAAACCUCCAGGCCAUCACAAUCUGCCCUCAGUCAAACUCAGUCAGAUCGCAGAUCUUCCCCAUUCUACACACACAAACAUGCUCACUGAUACUACAUGCACCAUGUGUGUGUCUGACUAACAGUGGUUCAUCACCAGGUGAUGCUGCUAUCACCUGCAUGGGUUUAUAUCGAUAGUAGGUCAGUGGUCAUAAUGUUGUGGCUGAUCAGUGUAAUUAUUACGUAUUGCACAUAAAUACACAGAAAUGUGGAUUAUCAUUUUAUUACAUUAUUGGUGAUAAAUCACUGGAAACAGUAGCAAUAGUAAAAUAUCUGAGAGUUACUGCCCUUAGUGAUCCAAAGUGGAAUGACCACAUGAAACCAGUUGUAGGAAAAGCCAUUGCCUGGCUGAAGUUUGUUUAAAGAAUCUUAAUGUAAUGUUAUUAACCUUUGACAGAUGUGGUUUAUAAUAACCUUGUUUGACUUAUUUUUCUGUUUUGCUUAUCAAUUUUGGACCCUUACUAGGCAGCGUUAGUAGCGAAGAUCUGAAGAAGAGACACAUUUCAUCGCUGAUUUGUGUAGUAAGCUUGAUAGCAUCAUGGAGGGUAACUCUAGUGGCAGGCAGUGCACGAGACAAUUUUCUUUUCUCACAGACAGAUUUACUGUUAAAAUUCCCAGAAGCCAGGCAACAUAUUACAUCUUCCCACAGCUCGCCAAGUAUUCAUGAUGUAAGAAUCAGAGAAAUUAGAAACUGAACAAAAACUUAUCACCAGUCAUUCUUCUUGAUUCAUGGUUGAUAGUGGUGCCAGAAGAAUCUUUUGAGCACACAGGAAGGUAGCUUGUAGAGUGUAGAUGGUGGUGGUAGUGGUGGUGGUGAUUCAGUGUGGUUAAACAACCCAGUGCAAGCCUUUAAAUUGGGUGCCACUUUGGUAAUUUGUGUGCUUCCUACUCUACUCCAUACUCAUACUGGGAUAAGGGACUGACAGUUCAGAACCAUGUCAUGUUCUUGGUAAAUCUUCACGUCAUUGAAAGGUGAGGACUAGAUUGAAGGCAGAUUGGAAUAUUUCAUGGUCCAAGCAGUAUUUGGUCUCACUAUCUUUUGCUUCCAAGGUGUAGAUGUAGAUGAUUUACAUAGGAUUUGAGCUCCUAAUGAGUACACCAUAUGGAGUUGUAUUGCAUAAUCUAUCACCACCAAUAAGGAUUUGUUAGCUUGACAGUGUUGGUAUAUGUUCAUUAUAUUUUUGUGAAGUAUCCUGAUACAUCCUGAAAAUAUCCUCAUUCUCAGCUAAUAAAUCAUAAAUCCCAUUUCAUUAAAUUCUUACUAAGACCACAUGUUUUUAUACCCCCCCCCCCUCCCCCCCUGUGGUAUAGCAUUGCACAAAGAUUUUUACUUUGGAACAGGCAGCACAAAGAGUAAGAAUAGUAGUAAAUGGAAACAACAUAUUUGUUUAUAAGCUUCUGGAUCACAUAUAAUAAACAAAUCAUCUUGUUAAAUUUAUUGUAUGUUACAUUGAUGAAUGGUGUCAGUUGCACCUAAGGGUACCCUAUGUCUUUUACUGCUGGGGUGUAAUAAUGUAUCGUGCAAUGCCACACAAGCACAAACAGAAAGAAAACAGAACUCUGACAGCAAUUUUGCAUCUACAUUAUUUUUGGAAUGUGGGUUGUUGUAAUGGAUUGAUCUGUAUUAUAGUUCAAUGUGUGCAUUGGAUUAAAAGAUUUUUAAGAUUUUCUCCUGUUGAAGUUUAAGCUCAUUUUGUUUUGAGUUGGCGAAGCCAGUGUAUGCCGAUACGAAAUCUUUGUUGUGGUGACAUACUGUUCCAUAGCAUAGCCCAGCGUAUAUGUUAUGUUGAAUGGUGAUUUGACUAAGUGUUGACAAAGCAGUAUUUUGAAGGCUUCUGUUGAUGCAGAGGUUUUGCUGGCUACAUGGUGUCAGAAACUUGAUGUCAGUUCCAUUUUUAACUUUAAUUAUUUAUAGGUACUACUUCUUACUAACAGUUUGGGUUUGUGGAAUGUUGUUGUUGUGGUCUUCAGUCCUCAGACUGGUUUGAUGCAGCUCUCCAUGCUACUAUAUUGUAGAAUGUAACCAUGAUAUAAUUUUUAGAGUUUUGGGUAGUUAAUGGUAUUCAUAGAACAAAUGUUCGAUUUUAGGUGAAGCCUUUGGGAUUGAUAUAGUGUGUCAUGUUCGCCGGUCUAUCACAAGAAACUUUUUUGUUGCAAUACCAAAAGAACGUCAUUAAAGACACAUCUUUUUGUGUCUGCAGACCACCCAUGAUCUAAUUAGUAGUGAGUCUGUAACUGACCCCUCAUGAGCUGCUUUGCCCUCAGUUUCUGAAUGCUUAUGCAUAUUGACAAAAUUGUAUGUACUUGGAUGAUUAAAAUAACUUUGAAGGUUCCAUAUCAUAUGUUGUAGGCAAGCUUUUAUACAGCUUUCAUCACACACAUAGUUCAUCAUAUAUAUGGUACCAGAACUAAAGACUUUUUUUUUUUUUUUUUUUUUUAUUCCACUGCAAAUGGUUAUCUACAUAACAGAAAUAUAUGUCCAGGGAAACUCCCCCAAGUUUUUGAUAUAGUAAAACUGAUUGUUCGUGUUGUAGGGUUGUGCUGUGGUAUUGCUGUGAAGUUAUCUGCUGCACAACAGGUUCUGUAUUAUUUUUCUGUCUUUGUGGUUGACCAAAUGUCAGACUCUGAGGAUACUUUUUUUUUAGCUUGAUUAGGUGUAGUAAGUAGGUACACAGACUAAGUGCAGCUACUCAUAGAGGUCCAGUGUGGGCUGCAAUUAUCAUAUGGCAGUGAAACUUGGUAUAAAUCGUUAAUGGGAACAGAUUUAUGCUGGAAAAAAAGUUAGUUCCAAUUUUGGCCACUAGAUGCAAGUCUGGCAUUGUGAAUGCAAGAAAGAUGUAUAGAAAUAUUUUCAUAUGUAAUGGUUUAGGAAUGGGAUAUGGGCAGAAAAGGUCAAACGAGUAGAAAGGCAUAAUGUUAAUUUUUGUUAUUAACCACCACCUAUACAGUUUGUUCAAUAUGACCACCAGUGGUGUUGACGAGAUGCUGUACAGUCCCAAAUUUGCACCUGGUGGCCAAAUUGUAACUUUUUUUACAGCAUAAAUCAAUUCCACAUUAAUGCAUUAGCAUAUCUACAAAGAUUCGCUGCCAUAUGAUAAUUACAGUCCACACCGAACCUUCAUGAGUAGCUGCUCUUUAAUUAUAACCACCCAGUUCUUGUAUACAGACAGCAAUUACCAAACUUUGAUCACCUUCAGUCCUGCUUUAGAAUGAGGUAUGGUGUUGAGCAAUGUGAACUGUUAAUGUUUGAAUGGCAUGAGGCUGGUUCAGUUGUUCAUCUAUCACUUUGUUUCUAUUAGUAGACUAUCUUUGUGUGUGACAGAUGUCCAAAGAAGCAUAUACAGUGCAUUACAUGCUGUUGAUAAUAUUUUUGUGAUGGUGGCUGUUUGCUUCUAUGAGCUCCAGUUUUAUGGCUUUCUGUGAUUUCCCUAAAUCACUUCAGGCAACUGCCAGGUGGCUGCUUUGAUAGAGAGCAUUGCCUGUUUCCUUCCCCAGCCUUUCCUAAUCUGAGCUUUUGUUCCAUCUCCAAUGACUUCAUUGUUGACAGGACAUUAACCACUAAUCUCCUCCUCCUAGUCAUUUCUGUAAGGCAGUUUUUGUUGACAUCAGUUAAAUUGCUCGGUGUCUAAGGCAGAUAAAUGAGUCGAGAUAAUGUGUGUGUAAAGUGAAGCCUGCAACUGGCUUAGGUGUUUCAGUAUAUCUGCAUUAAUAAUUACUGGAAGACCACAGAUAUUUUCUGGGCCUUUCCUUCUCAGCAUCUUCAACUUCUCUCAAAACAAAAUAUUGAAGCAAGCACAUAAUAUUACCAGCAUUAUCAGUUAGUUCACUAGUAGACCGGUAACCCUACAUAUUUAAAAAGUUCCUCGGUUUCAUCUUCCUUUGUCAUCACUUGUACCAAAUUGAUUGAAAAAGGUAUUAUGUCUACUUAGAGCUUACUUACUAUGCAUUAUGAAGAUUGUCUGCCUAUUAUAGUUAAUAACAAUAUUAUUAUUUUUUAUUUUGUUGAUAGUGCAAUGCUACAUUCUACUUGAUGAUAUAAUGUGUUGAAAGAUUGUAGACUUCAAACCAGCCUUUGACAAUGACACAGAUUCCGCUUUAAACGUUCUGACAUAUGUAGUUAAAACUUUAAGACAUGUGCUUCCUCUGGGGAAACAAUGCUGUUAGUGCACCAUGUUAUUUUUCAAGAACAUAGAUUACUUUGUAAUUAAAAUUUUAAAGUCUCCUAAAGUGUGAUGUGAACAAGAGGUGUACGUGUUCACACCCCAAUUGAAAGUUUCAACCUGGCAUUUCCCCUCUUAUGUUGUUUUAUAGCGGCCCAGGUUCUAAUUGUGUUCAUUGGUAUAUUUGAAAGAAAGCAAGACAGCUUCACUUGCACUAAUGUUUAAUAAUGCACAUAAUUGAAACUGCAGCAUUCUUUUUCUUCUUUAAUAGUAUUGAAAUUGGUGCUUGUUAAUGUUGAACGAAAUUAUAAAUAAUGGAUUUGUGAAAUUUUGUAACUAGAAGAGAAAGUCACAAGUGACUAAAAAUUUGUGUAUUGGUACCAGGUGGUCAUGAAACAAUGCAACUCCUCUGAGACUUUGACAAUUGUAACUCAACUGCUUGCAGCACAUCGUCAGUAUACUUACAAUAGUUUUCAGUUUUCAUGUUCAGCAUUUGUGAAAAUGUUUAUUUUGUAACCUGUGUUCCUAACCAGGAAUCAUACUCAUUUGGGGAAAGUGCUCCUUUAAUUCAGUGUUCCUAUUGUCAGCAAUGCAUGACUUGAAAACGAGGAAAAAUGGCACUCGAGGAAUUUACAUAGGCCAAAUCACAGUAUCCUUGUUGUACCUCAUCUUCGAGUAUGAGAUUUCUUUUGCAUACCUAUUCUUAAUAGGAAAUUACAAUAGUAAAAAAGUAUUCGCAUAUUUUUCAAAUUCCUAGAAUCAUGUCUCUUCCAUUUCAAUAUUUCUUCGGAACAAACUGUGUGCAGUGUAUGAAAAGGGACCACUGAGAUUCUGACACUGCCAUCCUCAGGUGAUCUGAUAAACAAAAUGUUUCGGAGUACAUACUUCAGAAAUAGUUUUGUGUUGAUCUAUAUAUGAAUAGAGAAAAAGUUACUUAUUUUUAGGAUGCCUGGAUUUUGUACACAUUUUCUCCCUGGAAGUAGCAACUUUUGCUCCCCUGAGAACCCGUGCUUUUUUAAAAUUAUGGUUAAUCAGUUGGUUGAUUGCAGCACUUUGCAAACAAUACAUUGUACUGUUGAUAACUAAAUAAGUAUUCCCUGCCAGCUGGUGUUGCCAAGUGGUUCUAGGUGCUACAGUUCGGAACCGCGCGACCGCUACGGUCGCAGGUUCGAAUCCUGCCUCGGGCAUGGAUGUGUGUGAUGUCCUUAGGUUAGUUAGGUUUAAGUAGUUCUAAGUUCUAGGGGACUGAUGACCUCAGAUGUUGAGUCCCAUAGUGCUCAGAGCCAUUUGAGCCAAGUAUUCCUUUUACUUUCCACCUUUUGUUACAUGUAUGAUCGUUAUAAUCAAGAUAUAUAGUGUGACUUGCAUUUUGUGCUGAAGAGAACAUGGAAAUGGAUUUCAGUGUAUUAUUUGCAAAAUUACUCACAAACCUUCCCUUUUUGACAUGUUCAUUGCGUGUCAAAGAACAUUUAAUACAAUAAGUAGUGAAGAAACUCAUUUAAUAUAUCUGAACAUUUGUUUAAUAUGUAUAUAAUUUUAAAUUUUACAUUACAUUGAUCUAUUGUGUCUUGCAAAACUUUUAUGUGUAUGAAAUACAAGAAAUGGAAGAACACAUUGUCUCUUGCUGUUAUGCUGCAUUGGUUUGUGUUGUGACAAAAGUGUGGUGCUUGUUUGUUCUACUGUCGGGGGUAAAAUGCAGAGGUGAAAGUGCAUUGAAUAUAGUUUUCAAGUGGCAUUUAAGUGAUACCUACAUAGAUGGUGUACAGUGCAAGAUAUGGGUGCAUGUGCAAAGCUGAAACAUCAUGAAGGCUUCGAGAUUGCUGUGCCUGCUUAGAAAAUUUCAUCCUCUGUGAGCUGGAAGCCGUCAUACUUCAGUCUUAUUGUACAUUUAUGUGUAUUGGUGCACACAUGGUGCAUGCAGUUCCACGAAGGCAGUUGUGUGGCUGGGAAGUGAAACAUUACCAUACACAUAAAUGAACCGAAUUGAAUAAUCUGCGAGAAUCGGAGGAUCGUAUAAGACAGCAACAUAUUGAAUCCUCGCACAGGGAGAAAGUUUUGGUGCGGCGACUUGCCACCAAGGAACAGGAAAUGCAGGAAUAUGCUAAUCAGAUUGCAGAGCUGAAAGCUGCCCAAGCUCCAGGAGCAACAGCUCUGCGCACUGCACUUCUUGAUCCUUCAGUGAAUCUGCUACUUCAGCGGCUGCGCCAGGAACUGCUGUCCACAAGGGCACGCUUGGAAGAGACACAGAAUGAGCUCAGUGCUUGGAAGUUCACACCAGACAGCAAUACUGGUAAAAGGCUAAUGGCCAAAUGCAGGCUUCUUUAUCAAGAGAAUGAAGAACUGGGACGUAUGAUUUCUAGUGGCAGACUUGCAAAACUAGAGGGAGAUUUAGCGCUGCAAAAAAGCUUUAGUGAAGAAGUGAAAAAAUCCCAGUCUGAACUAGAUGAAUUUCUUCAAGAUUUGGAUGAAGAUGUGGAAGGAAUGCAGGGUACAAUAUAUUUUUUACAACAGGAACUGCGUAAAGCAAAGGAAUCAAAUGCUGCCCUACAGCAAGAGAAUUCUGCUUUGAAAUCUGGUGGAGUGACAACAACAGAGCAUAAUACUGGUUUACGGACAAGUGAGGUGGGAAGGGAAUCAAGGCCACGGACGCCUUUGUGUCAUAAUGGGAUAAGGGAGAAAGGGGAGGAUGACUCUAGAGGUUGGGAUGAGCGGACUCAAGGGUCAGAAAGGCCACCAACCAGGGACACAUCCUCAUCCCAGUCACCAGGUACUGAAAAUGCAGCAGACCAUCCGGCAGGCCGAGAUGGGUCUCAUCCACCACAGCAGCCACCUCCUGAGGAAGACAGUGUGUCUUGUGAUGCUAGGUCCCCAGGAGAUACCCGUCUGUCCCCUCAGCGUAGACCUCAUAGUCAGUAUGAGGAAUCGAAUGAUUCAACGAAUGUACAUUCCGGCAUCCCCCCUAGGACGUCUCAGAAUAGUGAGAGGAACUGGCAAAAAGUUAUUGUUGAGCAAGAUGAUUCUUCUAGUGACUCAAGUGAAUUAAUACUUAAGAUUGAAUCUGAAGACAUCGCUGAUGAUGAUUUGGAUCCCCAGAGUUCUGAUGCUGGAGCUGAAACCAACAAAGUGGGUAACAGUGUGAAUGAGAGAGACAGGAGUGUGCCCAUUAGUGCAGAUAGGACUGCAGAUCGUAGUGAUGUCAUAAAAGAGCAGUCGAGGGAUGGCAGAGACUCCCCAUCAUCCAGGAAAAGAACAUGUUCAAAUGAUGACAGCAGUAAUGAUAGUGACAAUGUACCUUUGAUAAAAAAAGUACGUCGUGAUUCAGAAAUUUCCCUUCAUUAUAAUGAGGAGGAGGAUGAUGCAGGUCUGACAAAUGGAGAGAGUGGUGUUUCAGGUAGUAGGACUAGUGGGAAGUAAUGCAUAAUUAUUUUGCAUGAUCACAUGUGUAGUAUUUAUCAGCAUAACGUGAUAUGUUUUAUUCCCAGUUUAUUUAAGUGCAGUCUCACAAAUUUUAUAAUAUGUUUUGAACAUCCAGAUUUAUUGUGGUAGAAAGUUGUCAGCUAUAAUUUUGUAUACAGUAUGUGUAAAGUUACAUGCAGAUGUAAAAUAAAAUGUUUUAUGAAUAUUGAA